AUGGCUUCCGAGAAGUUCGAGUGGCUGGUCAUCAUGCCUGAUGUGCCUGGCACCAUCGAUAAGCGGAUUGAAGUGAGACCUCAGCAUUUCGAAGGGUUGAAACCUGCGAUUGAUAGCGGAUUCUGGAGGAUGGGAGGCGCCCUCCUAGAAGAACCCCCCAAGGAAAACAGCCCGCUCAAGUUCCAAGGCAGCGCUAUGAUCGCGCUGGCCGCGUCCAAGGAAGAGGUGCUCGAGAAGUUGAAGGCUGAUAUCUAUGCCCAGAGUGGCGUUUGGGAUUUCAGCAAGGUGCGUUUUUACCUAUUU